AUGUCUGUAUCGACGGAAUACAUUAGCAUUGGAUGCAAUAGAGUUCCGCAAGUAGCAUCUUGGGGAAAAGAUGGGUUGGUCGCAUUUGGAGCUCAUAAUUAUGUGGCAUUAUAUUAUCCCGAGGAUCGAGAGUGUAAAGGCAUAGUAGCAACUUUGUCUGGUCACAAAGAUCGGGUGAAUUGUGUCACUUUUAUAGAUAGAGGUGAUGAAUUACAUCAAAAAAAUAUUGCAAUGGUUUCGGGUUCAGUGGAUAAGACUGCCUGGAUUUGGAAGAGAAGCCAGAAUGGAAGAUGGGUCAAUUCCGCAAUUUUAGAACCUCACGGAGGAUCGGUAAAUACCAUUGGGGUGAUUCAGGCGAAAUCCAUAAUUGUUGAUAAGGAUUUAAUUGUUACUGGAUCGGCUGAAGGUGUGAUAAAAGUUUGGGAGAGAACUAUAAUUGAUGAUAUUAAAGACUCGGUGGAAUGUAUUCAAACGAUUGACCUUGGAUCUAUAUAUCCUAUGACGUUAGCUUUAUCUUAUCUUCCUGAGUCAAAAGUCCCUAUACUAGCAAUUGGGUGCACAGAUAAAAAAAUAUUCAUAUAUAUACAGAAAGAUAGGCAGUUUAUCAAAUCUUUAUCACUCCAAGGGCAUGAGAAUUGGAUCAGAUCUUUGUCCUUUGCCACUUACACUUCAAAGGAUGAUGUCAUUAGCGCCCCGAACUCAAAUAUUUUGCAACACCAUAGAUUAAAAGAUGGAGAUCUAUUGUUGGCAAGCGCGUCGCAAGAUAAAUAUGUUAGGUUAUGGAAAUUUUCUCACAAUGGCGAAACCUCAAAGUCUGGAAAUUUAGAGGAGGUCAAUGUAGAUGAGGUUAAAAGUAACGAAGGAUCAAAGGACAUUGAGAGACUCAGCAUCAAGGAAUUAUUGGAGAAUAUUCAAGAUAAUACAGGGUCCAACAAGAAGAUCCAAUUAAGCACAAAAGCUCAUAUAAUAGAGGUUGACGUGUUGUCUGAAGGGAAUAACGAGAAUAUCAAAAAAAAGUAUUCUGUGAUGUUUGAAGCACUACUCAUAGGACAUGAUGAUUGGAUAUAUAGCGUUUGUUGGCAACCUCCUUGUGCCAUUAAGGAUGAUAAAGGAAAUGAUGUCUAUCAUCAACCAAUGUCAAUUCUUACCUCCUCAUCCGAUAAAUCAAUGAUUAUUUGGAAGCCUGAACCUGAAACUGGAAUCUGGGUUAAUUUGGCUCGAAUGGGUGGGAUUGGUGGAUAUGCCUCGGGUUUUUUUGGUGGCUUAUACGGUCCGAAUGGAAAUUAUGCUUUGGCUCAUGGUCACACCGGUGCCUUUCAUUUAUGGAAAAAUUUAAACGAAGAAGAAAAUCAAGAUUGGCAACCUCAGGUGUCAAUAAGCGGGCAUUUUAAUUCUGUGCAAGACCUUGAUUGGGAUCCGAAAUUUAGAUAUCUUGUAUCUGUGAGUCUUGACCAAACUGCAAGGUUAUUUGCUCCAUGGAAUCGCCGAAUUAAUGAGUCUGAUGGGGGAGAUGAAAAGCGACCCUCUAUUACAACCUGGCAUGAAAUAAGCCGCCCACAAAUACACGGUUACGAUAUUUAUUGUUUGUCAUUUAUUAAUCAAUGGCAGUAUGUCAGCGGAGCCGAUGAGAAGAUAUUGAGAGUAUUUGAUGCACCGAAAAAUUUUGUACAGUCUUUGGCAAAGAUAACUGGACAACAUAGUAUUUUAGGAGAACUGGAAUCUCGUCCGGUUGGUGCCAAUCUCCCGCCGUUAGGAUUGUCCAAUAAAGCGAUAUCAAGUUCUGAUAUUGAAAAAUCUUUAGAAUCAUUACAAGAGGAAGACGAUUUUUUAAAUAGGCAGAUUCCUGCUCAUACGUCUUCAAUUACACUUAAUUCCUUAAAAACUUUCGAUAGACCUCCAUUUGAAGAACAAUUAUUACAAAAUACUUUGUGGCCUGAGAUUGAUAAAUUGUACGGACAUGGAUAUGAGCUUAGAAGUGUUUGCGCAAGCCACGAUGGAAAAUACAUAGCAUGCGCGUGCAAGGCUACGACAAAUGAACACGCAAUAAUUAGGAUGUAUAAUACAUCGACAUGGAAAGAAUUGUCAAAUAGUUCAUUGAAAUCUCAUACUUUGACGGUUACCAAAAUAAGAUUUUCCCAUAAUGACAAGUGGAUCUUGGCUGUGUCAAGAGACAGGUUCUGGUCAUUAUAUGAAAGAACCGAUGACAAAGAGAUACCAUAUAAGUUGGUGGACAAAAAUAAGGCACAUGCACGAAUAAUCUGGGACUGUUCCUGGAGUCACGAUGAUUUAUUGUUUGCCACUGCAUCAAGGGAUAAAACGGUGAAGGUAUGGCGACAGGCUGAUAAUUCUCAGAAUAAAAUCCAAUGGGAAUGCAUUUCGACUAUAAAGUUGAACGAAGCAGUUACGGCGAUUGAUUUUGCUCCUAGACUUAUUGGGAAAAGUUAUUAUGUUGCGGUUGGAUUGGAAAGUGGCAAGGUCUUUUUAUUUAAAUCGGCAGACGACCAAUUGGAAAGAUGGAGUUUGGCAUUAGAAGUUGACAAAGACGAAUGUCACGUAGAAAGUGUUAAUCGAAUUAUUUUGAGCGAUUCUGAAUAUAUUGACAGUGGUUUGACUGAAGAAUCUGAUGAACGUAAAGUAAAAUUAAGAUUAGUGAGUUGUGGAUCCGAUUAUUGUGUUAGGAUGUUAAGCUUAGAAAUUUAG